GGUGGGGUAUGUUUUAUUGUGAAGUUCUAGGACCGGUACUCGUUCUGGGUGUUCCUGACUGGAAGAAGCAAACAUGUGUCCUCGUGUUUGACAGACUUGCCGGCAAAUCAACCGGAAUUCACCUCAAUAUUAUUUUCUGCCUUGACAGGCACAUUUGGUAUUUGCAGAGAAGCAUCGGAUUGGUAUUGCCGAUACUAGCCUGACUUCAGAUUGGCAAAAAAAAACAGUAGUAUAGCACAUUACUACUGACUGAUACAAGGACAUUUACAGACAUGUCUUCCUCGGAAGAUUGUCCUCUCGAGCAGGCCCUUCAUGGGAGUGAGCCUUCGAAUGAAUCCACUGUCACCGUCACCAUUGGCGCAACUGUGCCCACAGGCUUCGAACACACUGCUGCAGAGGAGAUCUACGAGAAGAUUGGGGUAGAAGCCCGCAUUAGCAAAGGCCGAGGUCGUAUUUACUUUCCUGUGGCUACUGACAACCUUUCUCAGGUUCAUCUCCUGAGGUCUGUAGACAACCUGUUUGUGGUGGUAGAGGAAUUUGACAAUUACCAAUUCAAAGAAUCAAAGGAGGAUACUUUAAUGGAGUUGCAACAGCUUGCUUCUAAACUCCCAUGGACCAUCCCCUUGGAGGUGUGGAAACUGAACAGCACUUUCAAAAAGAGGAAAGGCCACCGUAAAGCAGCGACCGGCACAAAAGUCAAACCAAGCAACGACAACGGUCACACAAUCGUGGCUGAAGCCAAGCAGCAGGAACAAGCCCAGAAGCCACCUGUAGCUGAGGAGCUGAACAAGGCAGAGGAGAUGCCAGACGCUGAGACCACAGCACAGACGGACCCUGGGGAAGCGGCAGAAGCAACACCCGACCCUAAAAUAACAAAGUUUCGUGUGACGUGCAAUCGCGCUGGUGACAAACACAGCUUUUCUUCCAACGAGGCAGCGAGAGACUUUGGUGGAGCUGUGCAGGAGUUUUUCCAGUGGAAAGCAGAUAUGACCAAGUUUGAUGUUGAGGUCUUACUGAAUAUACAUGAUGUUGAGAUAGUUGUUGGCAUUGCGCUCACUGAAGAGAGUCUUCACAGAAGGAACAUCAGUCACUUUGGACCCACCACAUUGAGGUCCACCUUGUGCUAUGGUAUGCUCAGGCUGUGUAAACCUCAGGUGUCAGACGUUAUACUUGAUCCAAUGUGUGGAACUGGAGCCAUACCUUUGGAGGGGGCAUUGGAGUUUCCUGCUUCAUUUUACAUUGCAGGAGACAACAACGACAUGGCGGUGAACCGCACAAUCAACAAUGUGUGUCACAUCCAGAAAAGGAAGGCUGAAAAGGGCAGUUCACCCGGACUGCCCAUUGACACCGUACGCUGGGAUUUGAGCAGUUUACCCAUGAAGUCCAGCUCUGUUGACAUCCUCAUCACCGACAUGCCCUUUGGAAAAAGGAUGGGCUCCAGGAAGAAGAAUUGGGACCUUUACCCCUCCUGCUUGAGAGAAAUGGCCCGUGUGUGCAGGCCAGGGUCAGGGAAGGCUGUCUUGUUGACGCAGGACAAAAAAUGCUUUUCCAAGGCCCUGUCAAGGAUGGGAGGACUGUGGAAGAAGCAGCACACUGUUUGGGUCAAUGUCGGGGGUUUGCAUGCUGGAGUGUUUCUGUUGCGACGGACCAGCGGUGUGUUUGGUCAAACUCCUGAAGAUGUCUAUGAAUCACCAGCGACGGCACGCACACAAGGAGACCACCAUGACGCAAAGCCCUGUUAGGUUGCAGCUUUACCCUAAGGCCAUGUAUGUUGGAUCAACAUAAUUUAAAUUUAUGAGCUGUUUUUAUCUUUUCUUAUUUUUUAUUUAGUUCUCAAGAGGCCAAACAAAAGUUGACUCAAUUUACGUUACCUUCAUGUUCAGCAAUCAAAUGUACACCUGCACAACCUAAUGACAUCCAAUAUCGUCAAAGAAUAGUCAUGUGAAAAAAAAAUAAGACACCUCAGUGACAUUUCAACAAUUCUGUAUUGUCAUGUUUUCCAUACAUGCAAGACAUGCGGAAGAAUUGAGAUGCCGUUUCUCGCUCACCCUGUACUCUUGAGCACAUUUUCAAGCUUGGGGAGAGCAUGGCCUCUGUGUCCACACUUGUCGCAGAGCCGUUUCCAUCCAUUUUCUACCGCUUGUCCCUUUUUGGGGUCGCGGGGGGUGCUGGAGCCUAUUUGUCCUUACAAAAACCAAAAAAGGAAAAAUGGUACUGUAUCUUUGCAAAACAAAACUACCUGCAAUUCAAGUCCAAAAUAAGGAAUGCUAGUAUUGACUCAUUUUGUACUUCACUGAAGUCCCCAAGACUGACAAGAGCCCCUCUCCAGCUACCAGAGCCUCGCCAGGGCAAAGGAUUUGUGACUCCCCCUACGGCUUGACGGCUUGUGGUCUGAAUGCUUUGAUACGCGUGCCUGUGUGCAUGUGGUACACAUGUUCUCGAAAUUGGAUAGUCAUUUGACAAAUUGUCAAUGACUUACGGACAAGUAGUUUCUUGAUUGCGGCCAUGUUUUUUGUUUCAUUCAGAUAAACACUCUGAAGUUACAGUGGGUGUGUUGAGCACAUUGGUUUGUGUGAGAAGUUUCACUCAGUACAACUGAUGGGUUUAAAGUGGCCCAGACAACUUGGUAAGGCGGCAUGUUUUGACAAAUGCAGCGGUUUAGGUGAAUUGUGUUUUAUACCGUGUGGUGCUCUAAUUUUGUUUCACAUGACAUGACCAUGAUAAGAGGAACAUCAACAAAUAGGGUAAUUAUUCACCUCUGCAAACCAUGACAAAAAUGAGCUAAUUAAUAAAUUGAUAGCUCUUGGACAUUGUGAUCCAUAAAAACUUGAAUUCGAGAUUUGUUAUCUGGGUCUUUUUUAAGUUGUGCAAGUGUACCUAAAGGAGUGGCCUAUCGACUCUUAGGUCAUUCAAUUAAGGGCACUCGAGGAAACACACAGACAUUGUAAAUGGGUCUUAAUAAAAAAACCUGUAAUUGCAA